UAUAAACUCCAUUUCUUCACUCCCAAAUUUCCACUCAAAAUCUUCUUCUUCUUCAAAUUUCAUCCGCCAUUAAUGGCUUCCAUGGACGACGCUUCCACUUUAGAUCUCAUCAGCCAACAUCUCCUCAACGAUUUCAACUCCAUUGAAGCUUUCACUUCAAGUCUCAACUUCAACAACAAUGGAGUAAAGCCUCAAAUCUCCGCCGCCCCUUUAAAGGUUAGUCCCCGGCGGCCGUCGCUAAACGUGGCGAUUCCGCCCAAGAUUUACUCUGUUGAACCCAAAUCCGAUGUGGGUAUGAGCCGGCAUUACAGGGGAGUACGCCGGCGGCCGUGGGGGAAAUUCGCGGCGGAGAUUCGAGACCCCAAUAAACGUGGAGCUCGUGUUUGGCUUGGGACUUAUGAUACCGCCAUUGAAGCUGCGAAAGCUUAUGACAGAGCUGCUUUCAAGAUGAGGGGAAGUAAAGCGAUUUUGAAUUUUCCUCUUGAAGCUGGAAAAGAGGUGGAAGAGCCGCCGUUGAAGGCGGAGGUUGGCCGGAAAAGGAGGAGAGAAAAUGAGGCUGUGGAAUUAGGGAACAAGACGGUGAAGAAAGAAGAGUCGCCGGAAACAACAGAGAAAGAAAUUCCGGCGAGCGUUUGUCCGUUGACGCCGUCAUGUUGGGCGACGGUUUGGGAUUGUGAUAUGAAUGGGAUUUUUAGCGUGCCGCCGUUAUCGCCGUUAAUGGGAUAUCCUCAAUGCACAGUCAUAUAAUUAAAAAAAUAAUAAUAAUUUAAAAAAAAAAACUUGUAAAA